AUGACUGGGGGAGAGUGGACUGUAGCGAAGAGCAGACAUCGCACGAAAGGCUCCUCGGAGUGGAGUGGAGGCACACCCAUGCGUUUCCAGUACUACAACACCGUUGGAGACUUGGAUGCUGCCGUCAAUGCUUCCCGCCAAAGAACCGUGCUACGUUCCCUCACUGAAACUAUCACUCAGGCGGCCAGGAACCGUUUCCCCGAUGCAGUUGACAUCUCGGUUAUAGGAGUCGGCAUUGGCUCCCUGUGCCGAAACAAAGCGUCGAUUGAACAAUGGGCGCUCUUCGCACACGUGUGCGAUGCGCUAGCGCGAGAAUAUAAACAAGUGAACCGAGUCAUUAGCGAGCCUGAUUUAAGUGAGUUGGACAUCUCUUUCAUGCAAUCGAGGUCUACGCGGAUAGUGACAGUUCCGAUAGCGGUUCAGAUCACGGCGCUUCCGGCGAUAAUGCGGUUUCAGAUAAUGCGGCCUCAGGCAGGAGUUGCAGAGCCAGAAGUCAUUUCUUAG